CAGCUGUUCGGAGUGCUCCCUGCUGAUUUCACCAAACUCACAGCGCUGACUUACCUCAACCUGCAGUCAAAUAUGUUCAGGGCUCGCCUUGAAGAAUUUUCCAUGAGGCUUCCUGCUCUCACCAACCUGGCAGUGCUCCUGCUGGACUACAACUGGUUCAAGGGCUCGCUACCCCCGCCUCUCCUCGCCAUGACCAAACUCACCCGCUUGAGCAUGGCGUACAACUACCCGACAUACCGCGUGCCACCGGUGUCAGCAUCGCUCAAGGAAAUCGUCCUCUCCAACAACUUCCUCUCGGGCACCUUCCCUGCCAACUCCGCCACCUCCUGCGUCUCUGCUGCCAACUGCUUCACCAGCGCCACCUCCUGCAACACUCCUACCGAGCAGGGCGAUACGGCACAGCGAGCGACAGAGUGUGAUAUCUGCGGCAGUGCGAGUGGUCAGGGCAUGCUGUGCGGCGGCACAGGGGUGUGCACACCCAAUACUGCUGCACUGUUCGCUGCCAAUACGGCGAAUACUGCUGCUGCUGCUGUUCUCCCCAUGGCUGGCGUUGACCUUGUGUGUGCUACAGCUGCACCCAUUGCCUGCCCCACUGACUGGCGCUGCCAGGGGCUCAAGUGUGCGGCACCUGCCGUCUCCAACUGCAUUGGCUACCUCUGCACUCCUUAG